AUGAUUGUGUAUGAAAAUUUUAGGCAGUUUUUUUAUGGUAUAAUUAAGCGAGAUCAUGUGCUCAUUAUAGCAAAUGUCGAUGCUGAUGCUGUCUGCGCUACACAAAUAUUGUUGGAUUUAUUUGCGGCAGAUGAUGUCGCUUAUACGCUGGUGCCAGUAGAUGGAUGGGAAGGUCUUCGGACAGCACUUAUAGAACAUGGAGAACAGGCACAUUCUGUUGUGCUCUUGAACUGUGGUGCUACAGAACCAUUGAUUCCGUAUCUUCGAUCUGGUAUGACAUUAUACGUGAUUGAUUCCAGACGACCAUUGGAUUUAUCAAAUGUUUAUUAUGAGGAUAAUAUCCGUCUAAUUGUGAGUAGGGAUGAAUGGGAGCAGCUAGACAUUCCAAACAUCUGUGAUGUCGAAGUCUCAGAUAGUUCAUCUUCUGAAGAAAGUGGAGAUGAAGAUGAAGCUGGGAUGGAUGGAAGUAAUGAGAGGGAUAUUUUCGAAAGGACAGAGCAGUUGGACGACGAUGAAGUUAGUGAAAGUCGAACAUCGGUAAGUGAGCAGUUAGAAAUUGCAAGAAGUUCAAGUGAUGGGGAAGAUGAAAUGGAAAAAAGUGAUGUUGAUGAUGAUGCGGAGCAAACUGAUGAUGCCGAAGAAUUAGAAGACUCUACUAAUAGGCGCAGAAGGAGGGUCAGUGAUGUUGCCGAUUCUGUUGGGAGACGAGAAGCGAAGCGGCGACGACGGAUGGAACUUAAAAGACAUCGCGAGGAUGUUUUAUGGAAAUACCACGAGAAUUCGUGGUAUAGUCCGUCGAGUGCUGUGCUGAUGUUGGAAGUAGCACAUUCCGUUGGUCGAACUACAGUCGAAAUGAUGUGGGCAGCAGUAGUUGGAAUAAGUAGUCAGCUUGUAGAGUAUUUAAUAAGUCAUGAUUGCUAUACGACCGUAUGCUUCGACCGUUUAAGAGCAUUCAGGAUGAAAUUUUGUCCAGAUGGAUCGGAUAUUGUACGAGGUGAUGACAUCCUUCGGCUGAAGUUCGAUGAUGAGAUCAUGUUGCCGUUAUAUGCACAUUGGUCAUUAUAUACAAGCAUGGUGCAUAACGAUUUUUUCUUUUGUUUAACGCAAAUGUGGCAACAAAGUGGUGCUCUUAUAAUGAAGGCAUUGCUGGCUGAGCUUGAGAUAACACUGGAAGAAAGUCAUCAAGUGUACAGUGCGCUAACAUCGGAAAGGAAAGAUGCCAUAUUUCGUCACAUAUAUAAGCACAUGGAUGAUGAAUUUGCAUCUUUUGCAGCUCACAUCGGAUAUAGCAGCAGGUACAAUUCAUGUGAUUUUGCGCGGGCCAUUGCGGGACGUAUAAGUUAUGGAAUUGUCGAAGUUGAAUCGCCCUACGAUCGUUUUAUUGGUGCACAAGAAAUCUUGCAGAAAUUCAUAGACGGAGGGGAUAAGACACCACUGUCAAAAGCAAUUGAAUCAUACAAAAGUUGUUUGACCAGUCUUGUAAAUCUCGUUUUUAUGUCAAUCAGUCAAAGCCUUAUUGUUUCUGUUGGAUCUUUCUAUCUUCUCUGCCUUCCUCAGGAAGAUGAAGCUCGUAUUUUACAUUGCAGACAUUUUCUUUAUAUAUUUGUUCAUUAUGUUCUUCGAGCAUUCACUGUUUCAAGUCAUUCAAAAAAUCGUGCUAAUCGACCAUUAUUUGUUGCUGUACCUAUGAGUGGUGAAAAUACUGGUUGGUUUCUGAUAACUGGUUCUAUGCCAGCAAAUACCGAUUAUGAAGACAGCAAUCAGAAAAGUUUUAUUGGACGUGCAAUGCAAAAAGUUGUAGAAAAUUUUAUACGUGAUGGAGCUCGACGAGAUUUUUUCGAUUCUGCAAUGGUGUUGAUUCGUUCUGAUCAAAAGGCCAGAUUUUUUGAUGGCCUUCAAGCAACAUUGGAAAUUGAAUGA